UCACAGUUAUUCUGUGUAGAUUAUCAAACUCAGUAAUUUUCUUACCAAUUUCCCGACAAUACAACGCCGACAGUUGGAAGAAGAUUCGACAACAGGGAGCACUUUUUACCAAGUACGAAGAUUCCCAGGUCAGAGAGUAAAAAUUCCAGAUAGGAACAAUUUGACAGUUCGUCUGUGUGUAGAAAAUCUCAAGUCAAUAUCAGUAAGAAUGCCUCCAAAGAGAAGUAUGGGAUACGACAGCAUGUCCGACUCUGAGGACGAAAUCAAUGAUUGCGAGGUUAACAGUAGCAAAAAGUCAAGAUACCAGAAAGGAAGUGAUGAGUAUACAAAGAGGAGAGAGAGAAAUAACAUAGCUGUCCGAAAAAGUCGUGAGAAGAGCCGCGCCAAAGCAAAAGAAACAAGUGAACAGGUUAACAGGCUUCGCAAUGAGAAUGAGAUGCUGGAACAGAAAGUUCAAAUUCUCUCUAAAGAACUAAGUGUUUUAAAGGACUUGUUUUUGGCCCAUGCAGGAACAGUCACUCAGAAUUGCACUGUACCAGUCAACGGUGACGUCAAAGGAGAGGUAUCCACAGAUCAUGAGUAUUCCAAGAUCAACUCCCAGUGACUAGCGGCCCAGCUUCGACUUUUCUUUAGCAAAUGGACUUUAGUGGAAAUGACUUUGUGCAGUAGCGUAUUUAAUUUUUUCAAUAAAAUACAGAAGCGUCUGUUUUUUAUCAGUGGGUUCUUAUAGCAGUUCUUGUCCCUUAAUUCAAUCAUCUAUAUUAGUCAUUACUUAAUCUGCAUCAAACUUUUAUUGUUAAAAACAAUAUAUAUGUUAAUUAUGAUAGUACAUGUACUGAUACUCUUUGAUUUGUGUGGUGAAUUGGUAUAGCAAACAGUUCUCCGUAUGCGGAGAAAAUAUUGAAUUAAUUAAAAAGUAAGGGUGAACAUUGGUUUCACUACUGGCAGAAUGUUAGUGCUAAGUGUGACUGUUUAUUUAAACAGAAUGACAGUUAAUUGUCACAUGUGUUGUAAUUUUAAAUCAUUUGUUACGAAAAAUAAAAUCUUGCUCUGAAAAGCUUGUUAAUGUAACCAGCAGAUACUGUUGCUAUACAUUUAAAGACUCAAUAAUUGAGUUUUUGACUGAAAGAUGAUUUUUAGAAAUGGACAAUAUAUUUAAAUUUCACAUUUUUUAUAUAUGGAAAGAAGUACUGAAAAUGGCUUGCAUAUAGUGAUAUUGUAUUGAUGUUGUUUAAUGAAAGUAUUCAGUAUUGAUUAAAUAUAGUAUAUACCAGUAUAUAUUGAGUGUAGGUAUUAUCAUUAAAUUGGCUAGGUUAAGCAAGGGCUCGUUAGAAUUCAUCAUGUAUAUUACAUGUACGUUAAAGGAAUAUUCUGGACAAAUUAGAAUAUAGGUUGAUGCCGUUUUAUAGAAAAAUUGUACAGGAGUAUCGACACAUGAUCUUAUGGAAAUUGUUAGUCAUAAACACAAAAACCAACUGAAAAUAUUUGAUUUGUAAAAGUUUUAUCAAGCUAAAUUGAUUUACAAAUUGUCCUGAUUGCAUCACAUGUUUGCACCUGCACAAUGCACUGCAAACAAACAUAUAAAUUUUGGAAUCUGUCCUUAUUAUGUAGCUACAAGCAGUCUUUCAUACAGUAUCUAUUUGUUGUAUGUGUAUGGAAUAUGUGUUCUUGAUAAAUUGAUAAAUAAAUAAGUGAUUAAUUAGAAAAAAUUAGUCUUUGGUCGCUAUGAUCCGACAUUGUGCUUCUAGUUAUGUUUUCAAAAUCAUGUAAUGAUAUGCACCUUUUAUACUAACUAGUUUUGAAUUCCCUAGGUGUGUCUCCCAUCAAUUUUGUUAGUUCAAAUUUACUACCGGAGAUAUUUUGAUGCUGAAAAUGCUUUUUAAAGUCAUUAAAAUGGUUUCUGAAAAGACAUUUUUAAUUUAUCUAGAAUAUCCCUUUAAAAACAAUACCUUUUUAAAUGUAGUUUAGAUAUUAUUGCAUGUAGUAUUUGUACUUGGUUAUAGUGUUCUACUUGCUUUCAAAGACAUCAUAUGCUAAAAUAGACAUUAUUUUAUCCAUAGGAUAUUUGUACUUCACAAAUAAAAGCCAUACAUAGUAAACCAGUAUUAGAUAUUGGUUAAUGCUAUUUCUCCUGAUCAGUAAAUGUUAAAAUGUUUUGUGAUUUACAAAAGUGUAGACAUAUACUUGAUUUCCGACUGUGUAAUGGAUUUUUUUUGUUUUUUAAAUUGUUUUUUGAUGAUUUAAAAGAUGGAAAUAAAUUGUAAAUUCUGCCAUUGUCAACUGCAAAAAAAGAUUCCUCUGAACAUGUUAUUGAUUUAAGUUACAAAUUAGGUACUUUCAAGAUCUUAAUAAAAAUUAUAUCAUUUUUGUCUCAUUUUUGAUUAUUUUAGAUUUUAAUAAGUGUGUAGAUUCACUGGGUCAGGUUUCUGUUUUUGUCUCAUUUUUGCAGUAAAAUCGUGAAGUUCUUUUUUUCAUAACAACAUUCAUGCUCAUAUUGAUUCCUCAUAUUUUUAUAAUUGUUUGCUUUUGAUGUACAUGUGGGUUAAAAUGGGAAAGUUGUAUGGAGGAGGGGAAAUAACUCUGGCUGUAUAGUUAAAAAUAACUUUUUGUUUGAUAUCACAAUAAUAGUUAGUACUAACUAAUAACUAAUAGUUAGUGUAGAAUUCAUCAAGUUAAAGUUCACUAAUGUUUUAAUUUUCAGAGAAUUUGAUUCAUAGCCAAACCCGGUUCCAGUUAAUAUUGAAUGGUAUAAUUUUUUUUAACCACCAAUAUACUGUGUGCUUGGUAGUCAACAGUUUGUAUAUAAAGAUAAGUAUUUCAUUAGAUAUUGCAUAAAAACUUGUAUGUAUACACAUUGCUUUGUCAAUAGCUGUACUCGUAUUAAAAUAUUAUGAAUGAUA